GGGCGGAGGUGGCGGGGCAGCCGGCAACGGGACUUCCGGCGGUGAUUUCCUACGCAGAAGUCACCCCCUCUCGGAGCAUACGGCCCUGCAUCCCGCCUACCGGCUCAACUACAUGGACCACCUUUACCACCAGCUUCAGGCCUCCACGCACAGUCCCAACGCCUCGUUACACGGACUGGGUGGUUUGGGGCCCGAGUACCUUUUGCACGCCGCAGGACCAGCGAGCACCCUCGCUUCUUCAGAAUUCCCCUUUUCCAUUGACGUGUCAGCAUCAUCGAGGUUAGGAAGUCCAAGAGCGUCAGCGAUCAGGGCGAGCCGGAAACGGGCGCUAAGCAGUUCUCCAUACUCGGAUCGUUUCGACAUCGACAGCAUGAUCCGAUUCAGUCCAAACAGUCUGGCCUCCAUCGUGAACGGUUCCCGGAGCAGCAGCGCGAGCGGCAGUUACGGCCAUCUUUCCGCCGCAAUGAGCCCAGCUUUGGGAAUGCAUCCGGGAAUGGCGCCUCAUUUGCAACAACUUCAGGCGCAUCUUUUGAGGAGUGCAGCGGCCGCAGCGCUUCUACCCCAUGCUCAUCCCCUGCAACCCCCUGCACCACCUCCACCACCACCUCACCCACACCCUCAUGCCCAUGGAUUAUCGCCGCAUUCGCAGUUGUACCCAGGCGUGCCACCCCAUUCUACAGCCUCAGCAACCCUUGGACCUCACGGGGGAGGAUUGCCGCCCAAAACUGAGAGCGCUGAAUCGUGCAGAAAAGCGUCGGAAUCGACGACCAGGUCGGUGACGGCCGAGGCGGAUACAUCUUCGAGGAGAACUUCGACCAAGGUGAAAAGGGAACCUGCGACGACCACGACGAACGCCACGACGACCACUGCGCCACCGACCCAUCCCCAAGGGCUCAGCCCCAGCGAAGAUCUCCGAGACGAGCCAGGUGACUUUAUCGAGACGAAUUGUCACUGGAGAGAUUGUGGUCUUGAAUUUCCAACUCAGGAUGAUUUAGUGAAACACAUUAACAAUGAUCACAUACAUGCAAACAAAAAGAGUUUCGUUUGUGGCUGGGAGGAAUGUUCAAGAGAGGAAAAACCAUUCAAGGCACAAUAUAUGUUGGUAGUGCAUAUGAGAAGACACACUGGAGAAAAACCUCAUAAGUGUACAUUCGAAGGAUGUUUCAAGGCAUAUUCUCGUUUGGAAAAUCUAAAGACGCAUCUCAGAUCCCACACUGGAGAAAAACCAUACACUUGUGAAUAUCCUGGUUGCAGCAAAGCGUUUAGUAACGCCAGUGAUCGUGCCAAACAUCAAAAUAGAACUCAUUCCAACGAGAAACCAUAUGUCUGUAAAGCUCCAGGCUGCACGAAGAGGUAUACCGAUCCAUCAUCCCUGAGGAAACACGUAAAGACUGUACAUGGUGCAGAAUUCUACGCCAAUAAAAAGCAUAAAGGAGGCGGUGGAGAUGGCGGAGGAAGUGACGAAGCAGGUGCAGGUGGUCACAGUCCUAGCAGAAGCGAGGAUCUUCAUCCGAAGACGCCUAGUUUGUCUAGCCCUAGCGUAAAAUCUGAAAGCGAAGCUAACAGUCCACCUAGCAUGAUGCAACAGCAAGGUAGCCCAUUGGUUGGUGGUUGCAACGAUGAAGUUGCUGGUGUAGGUACAUUAACUGGCGAUGGCGUGGCUUUGGCCGAGGAACCUUGGAAUGAGGAACCUGAUGAUUUGGACAUUGCCGAUCUGCCAGUUGCUCUUCGUGCCAUGGUUGGAGGAAUGGAGUCGCAACAGCAGCAACAACCUCCUCCUCCCGCCUCAAGAAAUCGUUUGAAAGGCAGAUUGAAUGCUAAAGGCAUGCCAAACCUGCCUGUCAGCGUAUCCAGUAUGAGAGGUACACGUGGUAUGGGUCCUCAAGGCAAUAUUGGCGAUUUGAACAGGAGGAUUACUGACUUGAAGAUGGAGGGUGGUGGUUCUGCUCGUCAAACGAGCCUAUCCGAUCUACAACUCAGGUUACAACCUCUGAGCGAGCCACGAAGGGACAGCAACAGUACAGUGAGCACUUAUUACGGUAGUAUGAAAUCCACGGAUUUCGGUAGCAGAAGAAGUAGCCAAGCUAGUGGGGUCAGUGCUGUUAGAAUGGGUCAGACUGGACCUGGCAGCUUCUACGAUCCAAUUAGUCCUGGAACUUCAAGAAGAAGUAGUCAGAUGAGCACCACUUCUGGUAGAAUGAAUCCACCCAAUCUUCAAGGACCUUACUCUACGAGCAAUCUUGUUGUUCAAACGCAGAACAUGUCUCUCCAAGGAAUCCAGGGUAUGCCAGGAGAUUGGAACGGUCCAAGUGGUCAUUGCACUCAACCAUCCGGUGAUCGUCGUAUGUCAGAACCUACAAGAGGUCAUCAGACCCAAAGAAAUUCACCGCCUGUACCACCUAGGCCAAGAUCAGCUCAACUUCCAGAGCAUCAUCCUAAUCAAGAGGUUAUUCUGGAUGAGGUUGGAGAAGGCGAAAUGGUGGAGAAUAAAUUGGUAAUUCCUGAUGAAAUGAUGCAGUAUUUGAAUCAAGUUCAAGCAGGCGGAACUCAAGUCAAUUGUCGCAGUCCUCUACCUAUUUGUCAAUCACCAAUUUGCACCAAUCCUUUGCAUUAUCAACGUCAAAUACAGCCUACAUGCAACUACAACCAAUCUCAUCAGCAAACUUGUUAUCCACCAUCACAAUCUGCUCAACCUUGCACAAAUUAUCAAAAUACCUCGCCAUCACCUUAUAAUCAAUGCCCUAGUUCUCGACCUCCUCAAUCUAAUUCGCAAUACUGUCCUCCACCAACUUAUCCAUCGCAACCAAAUGGUGGACAAGUCCUUAGCCCAGCAGCAGGUCAAGUCAUGUCACCAGGAUCUCAUUACUCUCCCAGUCACAUUAGCGACCAACCUCUAACAUCACCAGCAGCUGGUGCUUUAGCACCUCAACACCCUCCACAAAAUCUUCCACAAAAUUCUGCUCAACUAACCAGGAACUGUCCUCAGAACCAUAUGCAUCAUGGCUAUUAUCCCAAUUAUAAUUGCCAAGGACAGAUAAACGCAAACUGUACUGGAAAUCCGAAUGGCCAAGUGAACCAUCAUACGAAUUCCGCAUGUGCUCCAUCCAAUCACAGCGCUAUCACCCAACAACAAUGCGUGCAGAUGCGUUCAGCUGGCAAUUGUCAGCAAUUAUCUUCGCAUUGUACCCAACAACCAGUUAUACCCAAUCAGACAACCAUGAGCCAUCCUAAUACACAGUGUGGUCAAGUUGCCAAUCAAUGUACCAGGCCAAUAGUAACACCCAAUGGUCAGAUGCCUAAUUUACACCCUGUCCAACAGACCACAGUGUCUAACCAAUGCGCUCAGAUGUCGCCGCAUUGUUCUCAAUUAAAUAUGAACAAUCAGGCCAAACCAAUUGCCAACAUGACCAAUCUCCAGGGUUGUCAACAACAGGUUCAACAACCAACUACUCCUUGUCUACAAAUGGCCAAUUGUGCUCAUCCCAACAGCGGUCAUCGACCAAUUACAGACAAUACUCUAUCGAAGAGAACGUCACCACAGUUGUGCUCUGCUCAACAAACCAAUUGCAGGAUGCAACAGCAGCAACAUACCUGUACGCAUAAUUGUCAAGCUCGAACUAAUAAUCCACCGAAUCACCAAUAUAAUUGUAAUUGUCAAUGGGGUUACGAUCAGUGUUAUCACGAGCAAACCGGUUCUGCUAUGCCAGAAAUUCAAUGUAGAGACAUCAGUCAAUCUCAGCAAGGAUCUCCCAUAAAGCCUCCUCAAGGAAUGAGACAGGAUUCGUACAGAAGGACAUUGGAAUAUGUGCAACAAUGCAGAAAUUGGUCUGGAAACGCUCAGACUCAUGAGACAAACGUUUCUAGUUCCACUCAUCCGAUGUCGUUGCCGCAACCAUUGCCAUCUAGCGCCAAUAUGGUAGUGAACGACAUGACCUCGUCUCUGAGCUCGUUGCUCGAGGAGAAUAGAUACUUACAGAUGAUUCAAUGAAUCUAAAUCAUGAUAUAAAUAUAGAAAUAUAUAUGUAGAUAUAUUUUCUAUAUAUAAAUAUAUAUAAAUAGAUAUAUUUUCUAUUGCAACUUUUUUUAUACUAUCGUUUAAUAAGCGCGAGGAAUACAUCGAUUCAAACUUUUGUAUUUUUGAUAAAGACUAGAGAAUUUCUUCUGUCCCUUCGUUUUUCGAAGAAAUGAAAUGUAUUUUGUAUUUGUUGAGCACCAAUCGGCAAUAGGUCACUUAAAUUAAUUACUAUAUAUUAUAUAAUCGUAGAUUAUAAAUUUAUGAAUGGAUGAUAUUCUCGGUGAUUAAUUAACGAUUAAUUAAUAUCAAUCAAAGUGAUUACAAGAAAGUUCAAAUAUGUUUUUUUUUUUUUUUGUUAAUGUCGUUUGUAGUUUUUUUGUACAAAAUUCACUUCACAAGUGCCUUAUGGACGAAUUAAGCUAAACGUAUGAAUGUGCAAAAUUUUAUUAAUUUAUUAUUUUUGGAUAAUCAUAUUUAACAUGUUUAUCGUCUAAAAUUCUUUGAAGCGAAAUUUUUAAGAAAUUAUAGAUUUAUAAGACUAGUGAAAGCACUACGCUUACGCGCGAGAUCUUGUUUGAAUCGAGAGCUUGUUUGGACAGCACAAUAAAAAUAAUAAAAAUAAUAUACAUAUAUUGCGUGAGAAAUUGCGAGAUAUUUUUCGAUAUCUUUGUAUAGUAUUUUUAUAUCACCUUUUCAAAACGUGCCAACACAUGUUUUUAUCAAAUCAUCCUAAUUAUAUCUCUUAAUUUUACGACGAGUGGUGUACCAACGUGAUACAACGAUGUAAUACUUAAUAUCUAAAUAUUACACUAAAUAUUUUUUGUACAUGGUGACGCAAUUUGCUAUGAAUAAGAUUAAAGAUUAAAAGCAAAACGUAGACGGCCAAUAUUAGGAUAUAAACUCUGUAGAUAAAUCAUAGUGAUGUAAGAGAUUAUUAAUUAAUGCUCAUGGACGAUGUGCAUGAUAAUUAUCAUUUCGUGAGAACGUAUCAAAUAUGUGUGUGUAUGUGUACGUAUUCUUGCGUAUGUGUGACUUUCAUAAUUAAAUUGGGGAUGUUUGUGCAAAUUUAUAUUUUUUACAAAAAUAAUUAAAGAAAAUCUAGAAAGAAAUGUAUCAUUACUUAGUGCCUUGAUUUCGUUAUUUUGUAUAUUUUUGCAUAUCGUAUAUAUUUUAUAAAUUUUUGUAUAAACAUCCUCAAUUUAUUCAUUAAAAUCAUUGUAAAGAAAAUAAAUCGUAAGAUAGUUGAGAAAGCAUUUUUAGAUUAUUACAUGUUCGGUUUGAUCGACCGAAACGAUCUUAGAGUCUCUUUAAUUUUUAUAAAAUAUCGUGUGCCUUUCGUAAUCGUCAUUUAUCGUUGGACGAUAAAAAAAGUUGACAAGUGCGUAGAGAAGUCUUAAAAAACUUAGCGUACCUAAUGCUGUUUCACAAUUUCCUUUUUUUUUUUCUGUUAUACAAACGAUUUUGUACGAAUUUUAUUAUAUCCACGAAGUGCGAGGAGCAUUGUGAAUAUUAUACAUAUCUAUCAUAUACAUAUAGCGUAGUGAUUCAAAUAUGCGAAUGGAAAGA